UCUUCUCCCUCCUUCGUCCGGAACGUCGGGCCUGGCGGGGCGCCCGGGGAGAGAGGAGGGGCGCAGCCGGUGCCCGCGGAGGGUCGCGCUCGCCCGGCCAGGAGGAGGAAGAGGCGCGCCCGGCUCGGAUCCCGCGCGAAGACGCCGCCUGCGGGGCUGGCUCAGUCGAAAUCGGACCGGCUAUCUGUCAAGAUCAGUAUUUUCCAUUCCAACUGGCAGCAGCUCUGCAGUAUAUCAGCAGGGAUGUCUUUCACAUCCCCUCCUACCUGAUCCUUAACUAGAGAUACUGAGAAUGAAACCUGGGACCUUCUGCGUGAGAAGCGGAGAUUCUUCUGGUCUGUCUCUUUUUGGAGGAACUCCCAUUCAGGCUCUGACGUUUUGCUCUGAUUUUUGUCUCUUCAUCUCCUUCACCAUUUCUACCUUCAAAAUACCUGGCCCGAAUACUGACUGCUGUUUAGACAGACAUCUUCUCAGUAGCCAGCAUGGACGCGAGAGACCCUGAAACGGUCAAGUCCUUCUCAAGCAGCAAAGGAGCACCUUCUGAGCCGUUGAAACAGUUCUACAAGGGAGAGCUGUUGGCCCUGGGGAUCACUCAAAUAUUCAUUGGCAUCCUGGAAAUUACUUGUGGGCUUAUAGUAGAAAUGGUGGAUCGGCCAUCUUUGUAUGACAUCGCAUUCAAGAUAACAUAUUGCCCUGGAAUCCUGUAUAUUAUUUCUGGAUCCUUGUCUGUGGCAGCUGCCAGGAACCCCAGGAUAUCACUGGUGAAAGGUAUGUUGGGAAUGAAUAUUGUGAGUGCCGUGGCAGCUGGCAUUGGGCUGGUGGGCUCCUCCCUUUUCAUGAACUUUCAAAGCCGACCCAGAAGAAGUGAUUCUUGGUGUGCAAGCAACAUAAACGACACCAAACUGAUUCAAGUUUGCCAGGAAAACAGCAUCGUCCCUUACGCUACUGUAUACAAUGUGAUAGCCAUGCUUCUCGCGUUGACCAUAUUAGAGUUUGGCAUCACCAUCGUCAGCGCUGCCUUCGGGUGUGCCACCGUGUGCCGGAAUAACUACAGCGAAACGACCAUAAUAAUUUUUCAGAACACUGCGGAGGACAGCGUUCCUCCUCAGCAAGCUCCUUGAAAGCCUUCUCUAACUCCACCCACCCGGAUGACUGUCUCUUGCAGCGUUUUCCAUCGGCUGGACUUGAUUCACAUGGCUACCGUAUAUACCCCAAUGGCUAACGGGGUCUCAGGUGCAACAGGGUCUCAGGUGCAACUAGACAGCAAAAACAAACAAACUUGAAACUUAUAUAUAAGAUGGGCCCCUUUUUCUUGAUGGCACACCCAGGGCAAAAUUGUAGUCUUCCUUUUGAGUAAAUAUAAUUCUUUGCACUUGAAUGUGGGGGUGGGGGGGGGGAAGGUCAGAUAUAAAGCUUCUGUUUACGGUCUGAGCUUUCAUGGAGACAUCUUAGCUUUGGCUGUUAAAAUUAUUAUAUUAUGGUUAGGGGCUUGUCCCCCUGGAUUUUUGCAGGGGUUCGACUUUUUAAUUAGAUGCAUCUUUCAAUGUGGAAAAGCCCUAUGUACAGUCUUCAUUCCAGAAGUGUAGGUAGACCACUGGUUGCCACAGGAAAUCCUAUAUCUUCUCAUUCUAAGGAUUGUUAAACAUUGGUGGGAUUGAAAUAAUUUAACAACCAGUUGUUUUCAAGCACAAUUUUAACAACCGGUUCUGUCGAAGUGGUGCGAGCCUGCUGAAUCCCACCACUGUUGUUAAAUGUUUGUGAGUAAAACCUCACGUUUCAAUCCUUGCUAACCAGCCAGAUUUGUCUUCUGAUAUUUUGUCAAUACUAAUUUUAUGUAUUUUUAAAAAAAAGUAUUUUAUUUUAAUUGCAUUUUAAUAGAUUUCUUUUAAUGGGGAGAUUUCUCUUUAAACUACCUUUGUAUGUCUGAAAAUAAGUCAGGAAAAGCAAUUGAUUACUUUUAUGAGUAAGAAAAUAAAUGUAUCACUUUUCCAUACAAACCCACUUGGAGAGACUUUUUCUUUCUUUCUUUCUUUCUUUCUUUCUUUCUUUCUUUCUUUCUUUCUUUCUUUCUUUCUUUCUUUCUUUCUUUCUUUCUUUCUUUCUUUCUUGAGUCUUUGACUUGGAGUCAAGCCAUAUUAUAUAACUAGCAGUGGAAUUGUCAUUAGCAUUUAGGAGGUUUAGGUCUUUUCCACACAAUUCACCUAGAAUAUUUCCAGAAAGUUUUUGAUUCCCUCCUCUGCCCCUUUACCACAAUGUUUACCUGCACUCGCCUCCUUCAUACGUUUCAUGGCUGUGGUGAGGGGUUUUAAAAAACAUUUUUGCUUACUCAUUGAAACAAUGCUUCACUGAUACAUUGCUUUGCUGCUCUAUAGCUGCGAUCAAUUGAUGCUUCGUUGAUUCAACCAAAUAUCGGAAAAAACCCACACACGAAAUGACGGAGAAUAGAGCAGCGAGGGGGAAAGGCUUGAGGGUAGAGAUGCGAGAAAAUGGCAUUGGGAGGAAAGCUGGGCAGCGGCACCGGGGCAUGGAAAAUGACUGCACUUUGGGGGGAAUCUAGCUCCGAAACGUUUCAGAAGAAAGAAACGUUGUAAAAUAGUUUUCAAAAACAAAGCUGCUUGGAAAUAUUUUCAGAAUCAAAGGGGGAAAAACUCCAC